AAUACGUCUCACUCACGCCACCGGAGACUCUUCUCUUUACUGUCUCUCUCUCUUUCUCGUGGGUCCCCCCCGUGGCAAACUUUCCGUCCGAAGCUGCUCACGGCCACUCCUGACACCAUGUGUUGUCUUGGUGUCUUACAUAACAAAUAGACGAGACGUAUUUCAAGGACUCCAAUAUUUUACUCACAAGUUGCCGACAGUGUACCGUUCACACUUCGGACGACUUCCGUAUCCUCUAUAUCCUGCUACUGAUCAUGCCGGAUUUAGCGCGGUUCGUACAGCCCCAAACUACGCACGUGUGGCCCAUAUUACCGGAUGUAACACAGGACGGCGGACAAGGGAAUCCUGGGACUGUGGUGGCGGCGUCAUCGGAAAUUCUGGAUGCGAAGUCAACGAACAUCCAGGUGACGGUUAAAGACGGCGGGCUGAAGCUGCUCCAGAUUCAGGACAACGGCACCGGCAUCCGGAGAGAAGACAUGGAAAUAGUUUGUGAGCGUUUUACCACAAGCAAGCUGCAGACAUUCGAGGACCUCUCCGCCAUCGCAACUUAUGGCUUCAGAGGAGAAGCCCUUGCCAGUAUAAGCCACAUUGCCCAUGUAACCAUAACGACAAAGACAGUGGAUGGCAAAUGCGCUUAUAGAGGCAGCUACAGCGACGGUAAACUGAAAGGCCCUCUAAAACCCUGUGCUGGAAACCAGGGAACACAAAUACUGGCAGAGGAUCUCUUCUACAACGUGUCCACCAGGAGGAAAGCUUUAAAAAGCCCCAGCGACGAGUACGCCAGGAUCGUAGAGGUGGUCAGCAGGUAUGCCAUACACAAUUCUGGGAAAAGCUUCUCUGUCAAGAAGCAAGGAGAGACGGUAGCAGAUGUGAGGACUUUACCCAACGCGUCAGUGGUGGAUAACAUUCGAGGAAUCUUCGGCAAUGCAGUCAGCAGGGAGCUGAUGGAGGUCUGCAGUGAGGACCACAUGCUCGGCUUUAAGAUGAAGGGCUACAUCUCUAACGCAAACUACUCCGUCAAGAAAUGCAUCAUGGUCCUCUUCAUCAACCACCGUCUGGUGGAGUCGAGUGCGCUGAAAAAAGCAGUGGAGACAGUUUAUGCAGCGUACCUUCCCAAGAACACACACCCGUUCCUAUAUCUCAGUUUAGAGAUCGCCCCUCAGAACGUGGACGUGAACGUUCACCCCACGAAGCAUGAGGUGCAUUUCCUGCACGAGGAUGGCAUCAUCGAGAGCGUUCAGAAGCACAUUGAGGGAAAACUGCUGGGAUCCAAUUCCUCACGCACAUACUUCACUCAGACUUUGCUGCCCGGGCUGUCUGCGUGCGGUGCAGCUGAGGUCAAGUCAAGCAGCGGCACAUCCGAGUCUGCCGAGCGCGUCUACGCUCAUCAGAUGGUGAGGACCGACUGUCGUGCUCAGAAGCUGGACGCUUUCCUUCAGUCAAAGGAGAAGCCGCUUCUCGAGGCCGGACCCGCCGGGCCGAGCGGCGCCGAUUCCGAGGCCAAAACCGCCGAGCCGGAUGACGUUGACAUGGUGGUGGCCCUGAACCAGAUGGAGACGGAGCUGUCGAAAACCGAGGAGAGAAACGAAAAAGUGGCUGAGGUCCAAAGGAAACGUCCCAGGAAAGAGCAGCAGCCGGAGACGGAAGACGGACGGGACCAGGACCCGACGGCCGCAGACACGCCCAAGAGACGAGUCAUCAAACUGAACAGCAUCAAAGAGUUGAGAGGCGAGAUUAGCGACGGUGCACACAAAGGUCUUCAGGAGAUGUUGCAGAACCACACAUUUGUGGGCUGCGUCAACCCUCAGUGGACUCUGAUCCAGCAUCACACCAAACUUUACCUGCUCAACACGACAACACUCAGCCAGGAGCUCUUCUACCAAAUCCUCAUCUAUGACUUUGGGAACUUUGGUGUACUCAGACUAUCUACACCGGCUCCCAUUUACGAGCUGGCCAUGUUGGCUCUGGACUCUGAGGAGAGUGGCUGGACUGAGGAGGAUGGACCCAAAGAAGGCCUGGCUCAGUACAUUGUGGACUUCUUGAAGAACAAAGCAGAAAUGCUAGAGGAUUAUUUUUCCAUGGAGAUCGAUCAGGAGGGCAAUUUGAAAGGACUGCCCUUGUUGCUUGACCAGUACACACCCGUCAUGGAAGGUCUGCCCAUGUUUAUCCUCCGGCUAGCAACUGAGGUGAACUGGGACCAUGAAAAAGAAUGCUUCCGAGACUUCAGCAGAGAGUGCAGCAUGUUCUACUCCAUAAGGAAGCAAUACAUCCUCGAGGCCAAACCCAGAGAGGAGCAGGAUGAAGUCCUGAACUCGUGGCGUUGGAACGUUGAGCACAUCCUGUGCAAGGCUUUCCGCUCGCUCAUCAGUCCUCCCAAUCACAUCAGUGAGGACGGCACAGUGCUGCAGAUUGCCAAUUUACCGGAUCUCUACAAAGUGUUUGAGAGGUGUUAGAUGACCAGUUUCUCUCGAAGCCAGCAACCUCGCAUGCUGCUCCUUUUUUACUUUGUGUAGUUCAUGUUGUCAUAAAUCUCCUUUGUGCAUUUUUGCAUCAAGCGUCUGGAGAUAAUUUUCAAGCAAACAUGAUGGAAAGAUGUUUUAACAUUUAUUCGCCAUCCAGCUUCAUCGUACUUGGUUUCCUUAUUAAGAAAAUUCACCACUCAAGUAAAAAGACUAGAUUUACUAGGAGUCCCCCCCCCCCCCCCCCCCCCACACACACUAUUAAUACAAAGUUUGGCCUACUAGGAUACAUUUAAACCUUACCGUUAAGCCUCUGUGCUGCACUAGUAACACUACUAGGACCCAUUGAUAGCUAUGUAUCACACACCAGUAAUCCAUGGACCCUACAAGUAACACCAAAAUGUCCAGUAGUAGUUUAGCCUCAUUAGUAAUCGUAUAGUAGUUCUACAAGUGUUUGGAAAUGUCACACAGUAGUGGUGAAAGAGUUACUUUUGAGAUUACUGCAGGUAUUACUAGUGUGCUGAAUUGCCUUAUUAGAGAGGACAGAGAGACAACAGGCUGUGUGUGGUCUGUUGAAACAAAAGUGCAAGUGUUUGGCCAGAAUGACCAAGGUUACAUGUGAAGGAAAAAGAUGGAAGCUUGUAGAUCUGAGAACACAAUACCAACUGUGAAGCAUGGAGGUGGCAGCAUCAUGUUGUACAUGGAUAUAUUAAGGCAACAUCUCGGGAAGCUAAAACUGGGGCGCAAAUGGGUCUUUUAAACGGGGAAUGACCCCUAAAGCAUACUGCCAAAAUGGUUUAAACGUGGCUCAAGGAUAACAAAGUCAAUGUCUUGGAAUGGACCUUACGAAGCCCUGAUAUGAAUUCCAUCGAAAAUGUGUGGGCCGGUCUGAAGAGGCGUGUGCGAGCAAGGCAACUGCCAAACCUGACUCAGGUCCACCAGUUCUGUCAGGAGGAACAGGUCAGGAUUCUAGCAGAGUACAGUCAGAAGCUCGUGGAAGGUUACCUGAAAUGUUUGACACAAGGCAUGCACUUCAAGGAAAAUGUUACACUGUACUAAGUGAAUGUAUGUAAAAUUCUGGCCUCAAGGAAAAUAUGAAAUUCUCUUUAAGAAA